CCCCCGUCGUCUCCCUCCCACCACCUUGUCCGCAACAGCUGCCGACAAUGUCUAUCCGUGUGUUAAUCAAGGACUAUCCGCACCGUGCCAUUGCGCUCACGACACCAACCCAUGCCUUGAUCCUCCGACACUCGUCCACUUCCACCGACCCGUCGCACAAUGGCUCCAGCACGAGCCUGGCCUCCAACGGCUCCGCUGCCUCCCGCUGCAUGGUCUCCUUCGUCGACAUCUCCUCCACCGACCUCUCUAGCUACCGUCCAAUCCCCAGCGUCACCGCACACGGCACCCUUGGCCUGAUCACCGUCAACGGCGAUGUCUUCCUCGUCGUGGUCAACGGCUCACGGAAAGUCGCAGACGUGCGACCCGGCGAAACUAUACAGCGCAUACAUUCAGUCGGCUUCUAUUGCCUCAACUCAGCUAGCUACGACAGCCUGCUGAAUGACGAAGUGAACCCAUACCCGACCGACACCGUGGACGAGGAGGGCUAUGAAAUGGGCUUCGGCAAGGGCAAGAGCGAGGGUGCGGGGGGUGUGCUGGAGCAUCCGUGUUUGGCGCUCAAGAAGCUGCUGAGCGGCGGUACUUUUUAUUACAGCGGGGACUUUGACCUUACGCGGCGGUUGCAGGAGAGGUCUACGGAUGCGGCCACAGUGUCCAUCGAUAGUCUGGAUGCUGGCUUCCUGUGGAACUCGUACAUGAUCCAGCCGUUGGUGGAUUUCAGGUCCAGGCUGGCACCGAGGGAAAAGCAGGCGCUGGAUCAUUCGGGGAUUCUCACGAGUGCAAUCAGAGGGUUUGCAUUGACGGUUACCGUGCCGGGCUCAUCGAGUCCGGUUCGUUCGUCUCGGUCGGGCUUGCCAGCGACCAUGACACUCAUUUCGAGGUUAUCCUGCAGGAGAGCCGGGACUCGAUUCAAUGCGCGAGGCAUAGACGACGACGGCAACGUCGCCAAUUUUGUCGAGACGGAGACCGUCUUUUGGGCACCUACCGGAUUGUGCUUUUCAUACACCCAAGUACGAGGCAGUGUGCCGCUAUUCUGGGAGCAAGCAACGGGCCUACUGCCGGGGCAGCAGAAGAUUACAAUCACGAGGUCGCCCGAAGCCACACAGCCAGCAUUCGACAAGCAUUUCGAAAAUCUGGAAUUGAGCUAUGGCGCGAUCCAUGUAGUUAACCUGCUGAGCAACGAGAAGCAAAAUGAGAUUGAUCUCUCGACGCGAUACCGACACCAUGUUAGACAUAGUCCACUGAACGAUAGUGCGGGUAAGAGUUCGAGAGAGCACGAGCUCAUCACUCUCACCGAGUACGACUUCCACGCUGAAACUAGAGGGCCUGGAGGUUAUGAGAUGGCGAGCAUGAUUUCGCAGUGGAUACAGGGUUCCGCAGACAGCUUUGCAUACACUCUCUUGGAGGAAGUGGAAGACAACGUGAGAUCGAAUGGUCAAGAUUAUCUCGUCAAGCGUCCCGCUACGAUUCUACAGCAGGAAGGCGUCUUUAGGACAAACUGUUUGGACUGUCUGGACCGAACGAAUUUAGUUCAGACUAUUAUCAGUAAAAUGGCCUUGGAGCUGUUCUUGAGCCACCGGGGUCUGCGUGCUAGUCAGGAUUUCUGGGCGAGGCAUUCUAGUAUGUGGGCAGACAACGGCGACGCUUUGUCCAGAAUCUACGCUGGAACUGGCGCCCUCAAAUCAUCAUUUACUCGACAUGGAAAGAUGUCGCUUGCAGGAGCACUGGCCGAUGCAAGGAAGAGCGCAACGAGGAUGUACAUCAACAACUUCGCCGACAAGGGGCGUCAGAACACCAUAGACAUGCUGUUAGGUCGUUUGAUGGGCCAAGCCCCCGUUCACCUCUACGACCCAAUCAAUGACUUCGUCAUGGCAGAGCUCACCAGACGGUCCGGCGAAUACACCGAGGCAGAGGUCAUUCAUAUGCUUGUAGGCACAUUCAACUUGAACGGCAAGACAAAUGGUCUUCACGAUGAUCUCUCGCCAUGGCUAUGCCCUGAUGUCGAUCCCUCCCAGCAGUGCCCGGAGAUUGUGGCCGUUGGCUUCCAGGAGAUUGUGGAGCUCAGUCCACAGCAGAUCAUGUCUACGGACCCUGCUAGACGGCAGGCUUGGGAAACUGCAGUCAAGAACUGUCUCAACGAAAAUGCGGCGAAGCACGGCAAGGACGAGUAUGUUUUGUUGAGAGGUGGUCAGCUGGUGGGUGCGAGCUUGUCUGUUUUCGUGAGAGCAGGCUCGUUGAAGUUGAUCAAAAACGUCGAGGGAAGCUUGAAGAAGACUGGUAUGUCGGGUAUAGCUGGAAACAAAGGUGCAGUGGCCAUUCGUAUGGAGUAUGCAAACACUUCGAUCUGUUUUGUCACGGCCCAUCUUGCGGCUGGAUUUGCCAACUAUGAAGAGCGAAAUCGUGACUAUCGAACCAUCAGCCAUGGUUUGAGGUUCCAGCGAAACCGCUCCAUUGAAGACCACGAUACGGUGGUGUGGUUGGGCGAUUUCAACUACCGCAUUGGAUUGAGCAAUGAUAAAGUGCAAAAACUCUGUCAUGUUGGUGACCUUGAGACGCUAUACGAGAACGAUCAGCUCAAUCUGCAGAUGGUUGCCGGUUUGACCUUUCCAUUUUAUAGCGAGGCCCGUAUAACCUUUCUUCCGACCUACAAGUAUGACCUCGGCACAGAUACAUACGAUACUUCAGAGAAAGCGCGAAUUCCUGCCUGGUGUGAUCGAGUCCUCCGAAAAGGCGAUAACAUACGGCAGAUCAACUACGAUGCUGCACCGCUCCGGUUCUCAGACCACCGUCCUGUCUAUGCUACAUUCCAGUGCCGCAUCAGCAAGGUCGAUGAAAAGAAGAAGGAAGUGCUCAGUCAGGAGCUCUACGAGAAGAGGAGAGAGUAUGUAGGAGAGGUCAGGGUGGGCGACGGGCAAGACGAGAGUGACGACGAAGACUUGCUCGGCUACGAGAGUGUAGAGCCUGGAUUACCACCCGCAAGUUCAGACCGAAGGAAAUGGUGGCUAGAUAACGGAUUACCUGCCCGAUCGCGCGUCCAACCGCCAUCCAACGACCACAUCCCCAACCCGCAAAAGCAAGGAAACCCAUUUGCCCCAUCUCCGGAGCCUGACUGGGUCGAAAUCAAGCGAAUGGGAUCCCAAAGGCCCGACCCUCCACCCACAAGAGGAACAGCAAGAGCACGCACAGUCGACUUCAACACCCCAUCCUCCCUCACAAACCCAACCCAACCACAUCGUCAAGCGCGCAAACUCGCCGCACCCCCCUUCAUGCCCAGCACCAACAACUCUCCGACGACCUCCGCCCUCGACGAUAGCAACUACAACAACGGGCUCAAACGCACCACCUCGAGCGCUUCCACACACUCUCUACCACCGAACCUCCACCGUCUUCCUCCUCGUCACCCGCUUCCGCCUCUCUCCCAGCAGCAGCAUAACCCACCUUCGAAUCUCUCUAAAGAACUCCACCGCAAACCCGCUCCCCCAAUUCCAAACAAAAAACCCGCUCUCCAAUCCACUCCCUCUUCCGCCCAACAGCAGCAGCAGCAGCAGCGCUACCGCGACGACCCAUCCCCUCCACCACCUUCAAACCGUCCCAACCCCCCGCCUCCAAGACGCAGUAUGGCUGCGCCCCCACCCGCCCAACAGUACUCCAUCUCCUCCUCUUCUUCAACUCCUUCCGCCACGCCAAUCGACAGGAAACCACUCCCGCGGUCCUCGUCCUCGGCUCAGCAGCCCUCGGGCCGCAGAGUCAUGGCCCCGCCGCCGGUGAAUCUGCUCGACGACGACGAGUUCGAUAACGUGGAACGGCCGCCGCAGCUUCCGCCGCGUGUUGGGAACGCGAACGCGAACGCGAGUAGAAACCUAAUGGACGGCGAUGAUGUUAGUAGAGAGGAUUUGGAUGGACUAAAGGGCUGGGAGGUUUUGAGACCGGUGGGGUAA